AUGAGGCCAUCGCCCGUCCUCCAAGUCCUCAAGUUCAGGCACGUCCGCCUGACGACCAAGGACGUCAACAAGGGCUUCUACAAGGGAAACCGAACGGGACCCACGGGUAAACACACGAAGUACGGAGGAUACAUCAUCCAGUUCCACAAGGUGCGGACGUACGUCGUCCCGAAGGGGCUCAAGGCGUGCCAGCUCACACCGUUCGUGUCCGAUAUGGUCGAAGCGUUCCCUCCCGAUUACGGCAAAGACCCGUUGGGUCCCCGCUCCCCGCAGCGUUUCCUCGAGAACUGGAAGCAGCAAAACGGUGUCAAUUAA